AUGGAUUUCACUUCGACUCACACGUUGCAGCUACUCUUCGACACCCGAGGUGGUCUCAAAGGAUCUCGUCUGGGUCAUGGCAAUGACGACCCCACAAUAGAUCGGACGUCUAAGUACUCGGCGGUAGACGACUUGAUGGAUGAUGCUGAGAUGUAUACAUACGAAGAGCUCAUGUUGUUAUCGCCUCGUCAAGCACAGAAAUACUAUGAUGAAACGGAUAUGGUAGUAGACCGUAUGGGAAGGCUCAGAUCACAAGCACCGGCCGGUCUCUCUAAAGAACUGGACUCUCCUGGAAUGCCUCGAACGAGGACAAUGGCUACCCUAGCAAUGCAGAAGGGGAAUAGGGAGUAUGUUGGUCCGCAGAUGGAGCUCAUUCAAGCCGAGUCUAAGAAUGACCAACCACAGGUGGUCCCCUUCAAGCCCCGAGUCGCACCCGGUGAGACCUCAACGCUAUUCCCGAGACGACCGCUCUUCCGUCCUCGCUUACCAGAACCAGCGGAAAGCAGCGACGAAGAGGUCUACGAUUUUCAGGAGGUUGACCACUACGCUGCGAGAAAGGCGCGCCACAUGAGAGAAAUCGAACGUCUCGGUGUGGCAGGAAUGGACGCCGGAGUGAUCGGCUUUGGGGGCGACGUUUCUCCCACCGCGAGCGCCCUGACGGGUGGAGCCCGAGACGUUGUCGAGAUAGAUGUAUAUGUACCACCGUUUGAUUCUAAGCGGGUUUGCAAGGUGCGCGUCCCUCUUGAUAUGAAAGUCGAAGAACUAGAGACGCUCAUCCUCAAUGAACAUACUGACGAGUUUGGACUGAGACCUCUUGAACACUCCUAUCACCUCCGUUGGAUAGAUGACGAUGAGGCUGGCUCUGUUUCCAGCAAUCAUCGUGCUGUUGUCGAACCGGAUAUGGACUUACCAGCGCUGGACAGCUAUCGGGCAGUAGGAGCUCUCAAUACUAGAGAGCUCUGCUUCUGUUACUCUGACUGGGGCGAAGAUAGUGACGAUAGUGAUGGUUUUGAAGGGAGUGAGAGCAGCGCGUCAAUGUCUCGUGGUGAGGGCGAAACCCAAUCUGUUGAGAGCUCAGCAAUGCAGCGAUCGAUCGCGCGAAGUUCUGCUGCUCGGGCUAGCGUCAGUGGUGUAUCGUCACAAGCACCAACCGGCCGUCCUCAUGCUACACAACAGCGCAUGCCGCUCACAGAUGUCAUUGGUUUACUUGCGAGAAAGCAACAGGUUGAUCCGGACGAACUGGAGCGCUACUACACCUUACUGGUGUGUAAGGAAGAUGCCAGUCAGGGAUACUAUGAGCCCGUCACGGAUACUCCGGUCAGUCGUCUCCAGAGCGACGAUCUGUUGCUUAGACGCAAAGUUGGUUGA